GUGACCUGAAUUGAGUUUGACUGGAGGAAGCGAAGCUGACGUAUCUGGAACGCACGCCAUUCUACAGCUACUUCCAGAGAGAGAGUAAAAAGAGAGAGAGAGAGAGAGAGACAACAACCUCCCUCCCUUCUUCUGUCUCUCUCAGACACACAUACACACGCGCGUCUCGUAAGGAAGCAGAAUGAACGCUGCCACAGUAUGGGCUGAAGACGUCCACCGCUGAAAGACUCAGGAAAGAAAGAGUGCGGGAAACAACAACAAAGAAGCAGCGAGCGCGUUUCUAAAAAAACAGAAAAGGCAGGCUGGAAAAUUGGUGGAAGGGAGCCGUGGAGACGGAGCGGGACAGAGGAACAGCCCGUCUGUCUGUGGCGGGACAGCAGACGCCGAACGCGCACACACACACUAUGGUGGUCCAGGCGGCCGUGACCCCCGGUAGGACCCGUAGGCUCCUGCUCAAGCUGCCGGUGGGAACACUGAGGAGGAACAGCGAGGAGAGGAUGACGGAAGGGCGGAGAUGUCAGGUCCAUCUCCUGGAUGACAGGAAACUGGAGCUCCUGGUACAGCCCAAACUAAUGGCGAAGGAUCUUCUAGACCUGGUGGCGUCCCAUUUCAACCUGAAGGAGAAGGAAUAUUUUGGAAUCUCUUAUGUAGAUGAGACGGGUCAUUUCAGCUGGUUGCAGUUAGAUCGCCGUGUUCUGGAACACGAGUUUCCCAAGAAAUCUGGACCCGUUGUGCUAUACUUCUGUGUAAGGUUCUACAUUGAAAGCAUCUCUUACCUUAAGGAUAAUGCCACAAUCGAGCUGUUCUUCCUCAAUGCAAAGUCUUGCAUCUAUAAGGAGCUCAUAGAAGUGGACAGCGAGGUGGUGUUUGAACUAGCAUCCUACAUCUUACAGGAAGCUAAAGGAGACUUCACGAGUAAUGAUGUUACUAGGGCUGAUCUGAAGAAACUGCCAGCACUGCCUACACAAGCACUGAAGGAACACCCUUCUCUCGCAUACUGUGAGGACCGGGUCAUUGAGCACUAUAAGAAGCUAAGUGGACAGUCCAGAGGCCAGGCUAUCGUCAACUAUAUGAGUAUAGUGGAGUCCCUGCCCACAUAUGGAGUGCAUUAUUACGCUGUUAAGGAUAAGCAGGGUAUCCCAUGGUGGCUGGGCUUGAGUUAUAAAGGCAUUUUUCAAUAUGACUACCAGGACAAAGUCAAACCAAGAAAGGUGUUCCAAUGGAGACAGUUGGAGAAUCUGUACUUCAGGGAGAAGAAGUUCUCAGUGGAAGUCCAUGACCCGAGAAGUAGGGCGUCGGUAACGCGGAGGACGUUUGGUCACAGUGGCAUCGCCGUGCACACCUGGUACGCCUGUCCCACCCUCAUUAAAUCCAUCUGGGCCAUGGCCAUCAGCCAACACCAGUUCUACCUGGACCGCAAACAGAGCAAGAGUAAAAUCCAUGCAGCUCGCAGUCUGAAUGAGAUAGCCAUAGACCUGACUGAAACUGGGACCCUCAAGACCUCCAAACUGGCCAACAUGGGCAGCAAAGGCAAAAUCAUCAGCGGGAGCAGCGGGAGCCUACUGUCCUCAGGCUCUCAAGAGUCGGACAGCUCUCAGACUGCGAAGAAGGACAUGUUGGCAGCUCUGAGGGCUAGACAGGAAGCUCUGGAGGAGACCCUCAGACAGAGAAUAGAGGAACUUAAGAACAUCUGCAUCAGAGAAGCGGAGCUGACUGGAAAACUUCCGAAGGAGUAUCCUCUGGAUCCUGGCGAGGAGCCGCCCACCGUCAGACGCAAAAUUGGCACAGCCUUCAAACUGGACGAACAGAAAAUCCUGCCCAAAGGAGAGGAAGAGGAAUUGGAGCGUUUGGAAAGGGAAUUUGCCAUUCAGUCUCAGAUAACGGAGGCAGCACGAAGGUUAGCAUCAGAUCCUCACAUCAGCAGCAAGAAACUGAAGAAACAGAGGAAGACGUCAUAUCUCAACGCUCUGAAGAAGCUGCAAGACAUUGAGAACGGCAUCAAUGAAUAUCGCGUUCGCUCCGGGAAGAAACCCACACAACGUGCCUCUCUCAUCAUAGAGGAAGCAAAUAUCGGCUCAGAGGACAGCUCUCUGUCUGACGCACUGGUGCUAGACGAUGAUGACUCCCAGGUGACUGGAACCCCCACGUUCUCUCCGGCUGCCUCUCCACACAAGGGUCUCCCUCCCCGACCUCCAUCCCACAGCCGGCCACCCCCACCACAGUCCCUGGACGGACUGAGACAUCUGCACUAUCAGCGCAGUGACUACGACAAGUCUCCGAUCAAACCACGCAUGUGGAGUGAAAGCUCAUUAGAUGAACCCUACGAACGAGUGAAGAAACGCUCCUCACACUCCAGUAGUCACAGACGGUUCCCUAGCACAGGCAGUUGUGAGGCAGGAGUGAGCAACUCUCUCCAGAACAGCCCUGUACGCUCCCUCCCUCACUGGAACAGCCAGUCCAGCAUGCCCUCCACCCCUGACCUGAGGACACGGAGCUACGUCCAUUCGGCCAGUCUGACUCAGCCGUUCCGGGGCCGCAGCUCCAGUCUGGAGUCUCAAGGGAAGCUGCUCUCCUUAGAGCCGGACACUGAAGCAGGACUCAGCCCUGACCUGUUUCUCUCGGGCCCCCAAAGGACAGGAAGCAAUGGCUCUGUGGUCCCAGAUGACUGCUCGUCCUGCACCAGCCACUCCAGCUCAGAACAUUAUUACCCUUCGUCCACCUCCAACCCCAACUACUGUACACUGGCAGAGGACUCGCCCUCCAAAGCCCGACAGCGGCAACGGCAGCGGCACAAGUCUGCGGGACACCUCGGCGCAUCGAGCUCCGGCAGCAUGCCGAACUUGGCAGCCCGAAAUGGCAGCACCCAUGGAGGAGUGUGUGGCAGCCAUCAGGGAGUUUACCUGCACAGCCAGAGCCAGCCUUCCUCACAGUACCGCAUCAAAGAGUACCCGUUAUACACCGAAGGCAGCAGCCCUAAUGCUGUGGUGGUCCGCAGUUUGGAGAACGACCAGGAGGGGCACUACAGCGUCAAGGCGCAGUUCAAGACCUCCAACUCAUACACAGCUGGAGGGCUUUAUAAGGAGGGCUGGGGCUCCGGGGAGGAUGGGGAAGCGGGUGGUGGUGGUGGAAGCGGGAGGUUGACGCCGUCCCGUUCACAGAUCGUGAGGACUCCGUCGCUGGGCAGGGAAGGUGGAGGUGGCGGAGGACGGGCGGCGGUGUCGGAAGAGCUGCGGUGCUGGUACCAGCGCUCAUCUGGAUCCAUUAAAGAGCACAGCCGCGUCACACAUACCAGCUCCAACUCUUCAGACGGACGCGGAGGACGGAUAGGAACGCUAGUCAAGGGGUCACCAGCUGCGUCUCCACACAGUCAGAGGAGUGGUACACCCUGCAGUGACCCUGCAGCUACGCCCCCCUGCAGCCCGCAACACAUACUCAACUGGCAGAGCGGAUCACCGUUUGCCGACAUUACUUUUCUGAGCAGUCCCCUGUGCUCUGAGCUAGCAGACGUACAGUGGUACGGGCACGAGAAGGCAAAGCCGGGAACGCUCGUCUAAACCGUCAUCCCUCAUCCCUCUCUCUUUCAAAGGGUGUUCAGAAGGGCAGGCCUGACCACAGCCUGGACCUCAACUCAUCGCAACACACCUGUGGCUGGAGCCAGUACCACCUCGACCUCUCCUUCCUCUCGUCCUCUCUGUCUAUCCGGCGGUACAGUGCUUAUGAACUAUGGGAAUACAAGAGUCUGAAUGAACUGAGCUUGACCUUGUCUAAACCUCCCUCUCGGAUUUUUGAACUUUGACCCAGUUAGCUGGCAGCCGGUUCCUCUAAAUGCACAAACUCAUCCAUCGCUGGAGUGAUGUGUGUAAGAAAGACGUCUUAUGCGCGCGUUGUACUAUAAGUAAACCCCACUCAUGCACAUACACACACACACACAUGCUCAAAUAGACGUAUUGGUCCCCUGCUGUCGUGUGUGUUCCUCUGCACCGAUGCCAGAGAGCCCAUGUCAUCCUCUCUCAUGCACAAACGCACAUUCCGAUGGAUUGCUUUGUCGUCAACCAUUUUUGUAGAUCUUUACGUUCUCAGUGUGUGACCACAAGCCCCUCCUUCAUCCUACUGUACCUCUUCUGAUUGGACAGGAGCACAUCAAAAGCCCCUCCUUCAUCCUAAAGCGCCUCUUCUGAUUGGAUAGAAGCACAUCAAAAGACUCUGCUUCAUCCUACAGCACCUCUUCUGAUUGGACAGUAGCACAUCAAAAGCCCCCCCUUCAUUCUACAGCUUCACUUCUGAUUGGACAGGAGUAUAUCAAAGGCCAUUCCUUCAUCCUACAGCACCUCUUCUGAUUGGACAGGAGCACAUCAAAAGCCAUUCCUUCAUCCUACAGCGCCUCUUCUGAUUGGACAGGAGCACAUCAAAAGCCCCUCCUUCAUCCUACAGCGCCUCUUUCGAUUGGACAGGAGCACAUCAAAAGCCCCUCCUUCAUCCUACAGCGCCUCUUCCGAGUGGACAGGAGUAUAUCAAAGGCUCCUCCUUCAUCCUACAGCGCCUCUUUCGAUUGGACAGGAGCACAUCAAAAGCCCCUCCUAAAUCCUACAGCGCCUCUUCUGAUUGGAUAGGAAUAUAUCAUAAGCCUAUCCUUCAUCCUACAGCGCCUCUUCUGAUUGGACAAGAUUACCUCAUAAGCCUAUCCUUCAUCCUACAGCGCCUCUUCUGAUUGGACAGGAUGACCUAACAAGCCCUCAUAAGCUCCUCUUCAUGCUACAGUUACUCUUCUUAUUGGACCAUAGUACAUUAAAACUCCUCCUUCAUCCUUCAGAACUUUUUCUAAUUGGACAAGAGCACAUCAAAGGCCCCUCAUUCAUCCUAAAAAGCCUUUUCUGAUUGGACAGGAGCACAUCAAAAGCCCCUCCUUCAUCCUACAGCGACUCUUCCUAUUAGACCAUAUUGCAUCAACAGCACCUCCUUCACACUACAGCGCCUCAUCUGAUUAGACAGGAUUACAUCACAAGCCGCUCCUUCACCUGACAGCGACUCUUCUUAUUGGACCAUAUUGCAUCAAAGGCACAUCCUUCAUCCUACAGCGCCUUUUCUGAUUUGACAAGAGUGCAUCAUAAGCCCCUCCCACUGUUUGUGAACUUGAUAUUUUGUGAGCAUUUGAAAAGCUGUUCUUGGAUUUGAAAAUGAGCCCUGAUUUUUAUAUAUCGCUCGAGAUGCUGACGCUGCUAAAAGCUCCACAAACUGCGUCGAAACUUUGUACGUAAUGUUGGUUCGUCAACCUCUCAACGUCACUGAUUCCGGUUCAGGAAGUUCAACCGUAUUUCUUUGCAGAACAUAGCUAACUUUUAGAAGCCAUAGCUGUACAAAUCUGACACGUUAGGUUAGAGGCAUUAGCAUGAUUUUCUGCGUUGAACGACCAAUCGGUGAACUCAGGCCGCGUACUUUGCUACUGCGUCACACUCGCCAUCAUGGUGCUCUGAGCCUGAACUCUACAUCCCACAAUGCCCUGCUGUACGGCCCACACUGCAUGCAGAACCAUCGCAAUCCCCUGCGUAUAGUGUUGUGACAUCAGUGAAGAAAAAAAAACUGUCUCCGAACACUCCUGGCCUUAUCGGUUUUGUUUUUACGUGUCUGUUUUUUAAUAUUCGAGAUUUUACUUAACUGUAACACCGUUGUGACAUGCGUUCGUAUUUAUUAAGUCAGAUGAGCACAACGCAACGUGGCACACCGACACAAUUUUUCAAUGACCUCUUCCCUGACCUGCUUUCAGGAGAACAGCAUUCCAGAAUGUGAUGCAGGUGCUUUUGUUUUCAAGAAAACACGAGCUCAGACAAUACAGGGUGUUUCGUGCUUCUAUCAUGCAGUCAACUAGAUCCAAAACCACGUGUGCCCCUUAGCCUCGAUCAUCCGACCGAGGAAACAUCAAGCCAUAACGCUUUUAUUCUACACUCUGCAGGAUACGAUACAUCGUACACGCAAAGUACCUUAAGAAACAGGUAGCUGAAAGCACACCCUUUGCCGUUACUAAUAAAAACAAAAAACAUCUCUUUUUGAAAGGGUCCAAAUCACCAGAUGCUAAACUACCAGAGUAAAGCAGUGUUU